AUGGAUGUGAAGGGCAAAAUUGUUGAGUGCGAGGAUGUGGACUAUGAGUACGUGCCCCCUGAAGGAGGAUGGGGGUACAUGGUGUGCAUCGGCCUGUCUGUUAUAUUCAUCGCCGGCACAGCUCACCAGCCAGUAUUUGGUUUUAUAUACAACGACUUUUUGGACGAACUAGGAGUCGGCACGGCAGCAGUUACAGUUGUUUUUGGAGUGUUUCAAGUCACGUUAGCUGUUGCAGGAUUCUCAGCAAACAUAGCUUUAAAGAAACUAUCUUUAAGACAAGUUGGUUUAAUAGGAGCCGGUAUAUAUACGCUAGCGUCAUUCCUAGCCAUUUUCGUAGUAUCUACGACACAGCUGAUCAUAACAAAUGGCUUCCUACAUGGCUUGGGAAUGGGCCUCCUCAUACCUGUCUCCUACACAAGUUUCAACAGCUAUUUCACAAAGAAAAAAGUGCUCUAUCUAAGUCUGUGUAAGGCCUCAAUUGGAAUGAUAACGAUGUUCUACCCGUUGUUUAUCAAGUUUACGAUGUCGGAGUAUGGGUUUAGAGGGACUCUCGCUAUUCUUUGUGGGAUAUCUGCGCAUAGUAUAUUUGGGGCGGCAGUGAUGCAUCCUGUGAAGUGGCACAUGGUUAAGCAACCGAAGCCCUGCGAAAAAAUUGUUUUAAUACCACCGACACCCGCCAAAGAAGACAACAAAGAUAAUAAGUUCGAUUUCACGAAGACCUUGCCGCGAAUCGAUUCAUCAGAAAAUGCGAGAUCUGUCGAGAAUCUGUAUCGAAUCAAUCGAUUGGAAAAUCCUCAGAAAGGAGCCGAAUUACUAUUUGUGUCGAAAUUAAGCGAUUCCAGACGAUUAAGCAUACCAGUUGUCUUGAUCCCAGCAGAUGGAAGAAUCGAUAGUAGUUUCGAUACGAGUGACCAUGUGUAUCGAGAGAAUUUGUUCAAAGCUGCAUCGGUAUCGAGUUUGGGCAAUUUUGGGAAUAUUGCUGCGGAACCCAUGCCGAUAAUAAAGAAUAAGGAAGGGAAAUGGCAAACAAUAUCGGAAUUCCUUGACUUAUCCCUCCUCAAAGAUUUGGUCUACGUUAAUAUUAUAUUUGGCCUGGCAUUAACCUUCUUUUCCGACCUCACAUUUUUUACUCUGGAGCCAUUAUUUUUGGACAAAAAACAUCUAAGCAAGGCUGAAAUAGCAACAAUAAUAGCGGUUGGGGGAGCGACAGAUAUGUCGGCGCGUCUGUUUCUGGGCGUGGCCGGACAAUUCUUCAGGAUGAAUAGCCGAUAUAUGUUCUUCUGUGGAGCCUUGUUUACAGCCAUAUUUAGAUUUGUAUUCAUCCAGUUCACAACCUACGUACCGCUUCUGAUCCUGACUGGAGUGCUUGGUUCCUUGAGGUCUCUAGUCCAUAUCGCACAGCCAAUAGUAUUAGCAGAGUAUGUGCCUAUUGAGAGAUAUCCACCAGCCUAUGGACUCUAUAUGCUGCUUGCUGGAGCUAUCAGUUUGAGCGUUGGGCCCAUGAUUGGUUUUGUCCGAGACUACACAGGCAGCUACGCGAUAGCUUUCAACAUGUUGACAGUCUGCAAUCUGCUAUGCGUACUACCAUGGGCCAUUGAAGGAGUAGUGAAAUAUAGAAAAAAUAAGAACACUGCCAAUAAUCCCCCAAAGACGUAA